CAUCUCUAGAGCUCUCAUUGCUGAGCAGCAUAUCGUGUCACGAUGGGCAGCGGAGGAGGCAGUGAUGCCUACUCGUCCUUCAAGCCGGGUGGGUCACUCAAAUUCAAGGGCGGAGACGACGCAUCCUCGUCCAAGAAGCACAAAAAGGACAAAAAGCACAAGAGCAAGUCCUCGUCGCACCCGUCAUCAUCCUCGAGCUUGAAGCACAAGGAUUCAGCAGCGGACACGGCCGAGGAGCUCAGAAGGUUGGCAGAGCAGGAGGAAGAUGAAGAGCGCCAGAGGGCCAGCGGGAGCAGCGGAGGUAGGAAGAUGACGGAUGCCGAGCGACGAUUCGCUGAGGUGCAGAGAAAGAGGAUGGCCGAACGAGUACGCAAAGAAGCCGGCAAGAGCCACAAGGAGCGCGUCGGGGACUUCAACAAGUACCUCGAGAAGCUGAGCGAGCAUCACGACAUUCCCAAGGUCGGGCCAGGAUAAGAGCUGCGAGCCCCAUACUCACGAAAAAGCAAUGACAUACGAUAUACGAAGUUCACCCACAAUGCCCAUUCUCCACCCUCUCAGGUGGCUCGAAUCUUGUCGAGCAGCACCUCCAUUCUACUGCCCAAAUCUGGCUGCCCGCGCCGACGCCCAACCUCGCUGCCGCUGGCCUUGUUCCACUUCUCUUGACGCUCUUUACGAGCAGCGAGGGCUUCCUCACGUGAGGCAUACUUUGGCGGCUGACGAGCUUGCUGAGAGGCUGUGUCUGCUGAGGAUGCUGAUGGAGCGUCUGUGCGGGAUUGACCGCUACCCUUCACCGCACUGCCGCGCUUGCCACCUAUAGGCACCGCAGGGCCAGCUCGAUCCUGUCUUCUUCGAGGGCGCUGAUCUCCUGCAUCUUCACCUUCCGCCUCAUCGUCUGACGGCGGUGGCGGUCCUGCCCUUCCUCUACUCCGCCUCGUAUCCUCUUCCUUCUCCUGACCACCUUCUCUUGCCU